AGUACAAAUUAUAAAAGUCCAUACUUAAUUAGCCCAAAAUCAAAAACCCAAAUAGUAAAAAAAUCAUUAAAUUUAACAAUCAAAAACAAAAAUGAAUAUAACUACUAUAAAAUGGAAAAUAGUGCAAUUGCAACCCUAAUCCCUAUUUGGUAUCUUCUUCUAGUGCCGCUCUUCUUCAUCAUUUCUUUUCUGCGUUUUUUUUUUUUGUUCUAUCUUCUUCUUUUUUUCUUAAUCAACAUCGACAAAUUACUGUAAAAAAAAUAAAAAUCAACAUCGACAAAUAUUUUUGUGCCGCAUUCACCAUCUGUCUCGCGUUGCGCUCUUGUUUGUAGCCUCAUUCUCUGUUUCCCGUCGGUCGAAGUUGCUCGUCUCCUCCGGUUGUCGGCGGCUUUCUCGUUUCACCUCGGAAAUCUCCGCAGCAGCAGCCUGCAUCCCACCCCGACUUAGUGCACUGCUGCACGGCCCAUCAUUUCCUGUACCUCUUUCGGACUCGGCUUUUCCUUCCGAUGAUUCUAUAGCAGCUGUUGAGCCUCUCUGCCCAUCGGCUAAUAGCAAGUAAAUCGAGUACAAAUUUGAAAUGUGGGAGUGAAGAGUUUAUAUUUAUAGUGUGUGAAACUUGGAGGCUAAGCAUCAAGGCGACGCCAACACAAUCAACUGUGAGGAAUUUGUUAGGAUUUUUGCAAUGUCGAGCGGCUUAGGUUUUGUGCAUCAAUGCUCGAAUUCUCUGAUAGCAUUUCGAUCAUCCGGGCAUUCCUUUCCCAUCCCGCAAUCUGCAAGGGGGUUGAUUGUAAGGCGGGCCAUUGAUCGCCACGCGAAGCCGCUAAAGUCGGUUCCGAAUUCCGACACGGUUGCGGCGGCCGAUGAGAGUUACGGCCGCAAGGAAGUUAUUAGUGUUAAUCCUCGGCUGUAUGACUACUUAUUGGCUAAUGUCAGAGAGCCUAAGAUACUGCGUGAGCUGCGAGAGGAAACUGCUACUAUGCACGGCAGCCAGAUGCAGGUAUCCCCUGAUCAAGCACAGCUUCUUGCAAUGCUUGUCCAGAUUAUGGGAGCAAAGAAAUGUAUCGAAGUUGGGGUCUACACUGGUUACUCAUCCCUCGCAGUUGCUUUGGUACUACCAGAAGGAGGUCAUCUGGUCGCAUGCGAGAGAGACGUAAAGUCACUAGAAGUUGCACAAAGGUAUUAUGACCGUGCAGGUGUUUCAGAUAAGGUGAUUGUCAAACAUGGGUUAGCAGCUGAUACUCUGAAGUCCAUGAUUCAGAAUGGUGAACGUAGCAGCUAUGAUUUUGCUUUUGUAGAUGCUGAGAAGAAAAUGUACCAGGAUUAUUUUGAAUUGCUGUUGCAACUGGUGAGAGUCGGAGGUGUUAUAGUGAUGGACAAUGUCCUCUGGCAUGGAAGGGUUGCUGAUCCACUGGUAAAUGACUCGAAGACGAUCAGUAUACGAAACUUCAAUAGGAAUUUGAUGGAGGAUGAUCGUGUAAGCAUUAGCAUGGUUCCGGUUGGUGAUGGCAUGACCAUUUGUCAGAAAAGAUAGAGCUCGGAGGCUAUUACUGUUGCUUAUCUACAAAUGCACCCACCGGAGUUUUCGAGUUAACACGCUUCAGGUUUGAUCUUUGCAUCGAAACAUAAGAGCAGUUGCUCGGUGAAGUAUUGGCAUGCAUGAGAUGACUGAGGAUGUGAUACACAUUGUGCAUAUGCUUUGGAUGUACUAACGAAGGAGAAUAUCUUGCUUUCUCCGACGUUCAAGCUUCGUCCGACUAAUUCUUGAGGGCAAUUUGAGCAAGGCAUGUGUGGAUGUAGUAUUUGGGUUGAUAUCAUAAACUCUACCAACUAUGUUGUGGAAUUUAUGUGUGAAUUUAUGCCCUACUUCUACAUCCAGUUGCUGAUGAAUUGGUGCUAGGCUUUGGGAAAAUAUGUAAAAUGUAAGGAGCAUUAAACUUUGUAUGCUCUUUUGAAUGAGUGAAAUGUAAAAAAUUUGUUGCAGGCA